GUCUACUUGUUCUCUCUCUUAUCACUAUCAAACCCCAAGACUCUCAAAGCAAUUCCCCCAAUUUGAAUAAAAUUCCAUAUUUCAAAUCCUAAUCACCUUAAAUAUCUUGUGAUCUUUUCCUUUUCAGCCUCCAUUAUCAUGAAAAAUCAAAUGAUUUUUUCAGCUAACUGAGGAACCCUAAUCAAAGAUUUGACAAACUACUCAAAUCUAUGGAUUUAACCUCCAACCCCACUUCCUCUACAAGUCCUAAUGAUGCUGAAAAAGAUUUGAAUCUCCUAUCCAUCACCAACGGCGCACUCAAUAAGCACCUCGGCCGCCGCCGCCACCACCAACUUCCACCGCUGCCAUCAACGGUGACAUAUAAAGAAUGUUUGAAGAACCAUGCAGCCAGCUUGGGAGGGCAUGCGGUGGACGGUUGUGGAGAGUUCAUGCCCUCACCUACCGCCACCACCACAGAUCCCACCUCUCUAAAAUGCGCUGCUUGUGGCUGCCACCGAAACUUCCAUCGCCGUGAACCUGAAGACACGUCCACCGCCACCCCCCAUUUUCUUGAUUUACGCCACCACCCUCCGCUGCCACCUAUCAGCACCGCCAUGCCGGAGGACCACCAACAGGCACCAGUAACGCCGAAAGCGUUCAAAACCGAUAAUCUAAGUGGCGGCAGGAAGCGGUCGAGGACGAAAUUCAGCCAGGGUCAGAAGGAAAAAAUGUAUUCUUUUUCAGAGAAGCUGGGGUGGAAAUUGCAGAAAUGCGACGAGACGGCAGCGGAAGAGUUCUGCCGCCAGAUUGGCGUCACUAAAGCUGUACUCAAGGUUUGGAUGCACAACAACAAGAACACCUUUGCAAAAAGAGAAAUAAAAAACACCACCACCACCAACAACAAUAAUAUCGUUAAUGAUGAUGAAAACAAGAAUAUUAAUAGGUCUUCUUCAUCAUCUUGAUCCGCAUUGUUUCACCCGUUGUGUAUUCUAAAAGUUGUUAGCAUUGAUGUUUAGAGAACUUGAUCGAUCUAGAUUUUGAGGUCAAAAUGUUAAAGAGCUUCUUCUUCAUCUCGA